AUGCCCCCUUCUGUGAAGGCGCUGGGUCAGGCCAGGCCCUCUGGUGCAGGUAUAGCCCCGCAGGCCUGCUGCUGCUCCCUUGGGGCCGUGCGGAGAAGGCUGCCCAUCCUGGCCUGGCUGCCGAACUACUCCAUGCAGUGGCUGAAGAUGGACUUCAUCGCCGGCCUCUCGGUCGGGCUCACGGUCAUUCCCCAGGCGCUGGCCUAUGCUGAGGUGGCUGGACUCCCGCCUCAGUACGGCCUCUACUCUGCCUUCAUGGGGUGCUUCGUCUAUUUCUUCCUGGGCACCUCCCGGGAUGUGACUCUGGGCCCCACAGCUAUCAUGUCCCUCCUGGUCUCCUUCUACACCUUCCAUGAGCCCGCCUAUGCCGUGCUGCUGGCCUUCCUGUCGGGCUGCAUCCAGUUAGCCAUGGGGUUCUUGUGCUUGGGGUUCCUGCUGGACUUCAUCUCCUGCCCCGUCAUUAAAGGUUUCACCUCUGCUGCUGCUGUCACCAUUGGAUUCGGGCAGAUCAAGAAUCUCCUGGGGCUGCAGCACAUCCCUAGGCAGUUUUUUCUGCAAGUGUAUCACACCUUCUGCAACAUCGGAGAGACCAGGGUGGGUGAUGCAGUGCUGGGGCUGGUCUGCAUGGUGCUGCUGCUGGUGCUGAAGCUGAUGCGGGACCACGUGCCUCCUGUCCAUCCUGAGAUGCCCCCCGGCGUGCGGCUCAGCCACAGUCUGGUUUGGACUGCUACCACAGCUCGCAAUGCCCUGGUGGUCUCCUUUGCCGCCCUGGUUGCGUACUCCUUUGAGGUGACCGGAUACCAGCCUUUUGUUCUAACUGGGGAGAUAGCCAAGGGGCUCCCUCCAGUCCGGACCCCUCCCUUCUCAGUGACCACCGCCAACGGGACAGUCUCCUUCACCGAGAUGGUACAGGACAUGGGGGCAGGGCUGGCUGUGGUGCCCCUGAUGGGUCUCCUGGAGAGCAUUGCUGUGGCCAAGUCCUUUGCUUCUCAAAAUAAUUACCGCAUUGACGCCAACCAGGAGCUGCUGGCCAUCGGCCUCACCAACGUGCUGGGCUCUUUGGUCUCUUCCUACCCGGUCACAGGCAGCUUUGGACGGACAGCUGUGAACUCCCAUUCGGGGGUGUGCACCCCAGCAGGGGGCCUGGUGACAGGAGUCCUGGUGCUGCUGUCACUGGACUACCUGACCUCGCUCUUCUUCUACAUCCCGAAGUCUGCCCUGGCCGCCGUCAUCAUCAUGGCCGUGGCCCCCCUGUUUGACACCAAGAUUGUGGGGACGCUCUGGCACGUGAAGAGGCUGGACUUGCUGCCCCUGUGCGUGACAUUCCUGCUCUGCUUCUGGGAGGUCCAGUACGGCAUCCUGGCAGGGACCCUGGUGUCCAUGCUGAUUCUCCUGCACUCCGUGGCCAGACCCAAGAUGCAGGUGUCCGAGGGGCCAGUGCUUGUCCUGCAGCCGGCCAGCGGCCUGCACUUCCCUGCGGUCGAGGCCCUCCGGGAGGUGAUACUCAGCCGAGCUCUGGAAGCAUCCCCUCCGCGCUGCGCGGUCCUGGAGUGCACCCACAUCUGCAGCAUCGACUACACCGUAGUGCUGGGGCUCGGGGAGCUCCUGGAGGACUUCCACAAGCAGGGCGUCACCCUCGCCUUCGUCGGCCUGCAGGUCCCUGUUCUCCGUGUCUUGCUGUCUGCUGACCUGAAGGGCGUUCAGUACUUUUCCACACUGGAGGAAGCAGAGAAAUACCUGAAGCAAGAACCAGGGACCCAGCCCUACAACAUCAGUGAAGAUUCUGUUCCAGAACACAAGGUUGCCCUGUUGAAGGCCUGAUUGGGCCACCGAUGGGUGACUGAUGUUUGGAGAGUCUCGCAGAAGGUUCUUGUCCCUACGACGCCAGAUGCUGCCUUGUAAAUGCGCUGGCCUGAGGGGUUGAGAACGCCUGAGCAGGUGAUCUGGAGGAGGAAGAAGGCAACUAGGCGUCGAAAUCCACAGGCGGGACUCAUUGGCUU